CGAUCUAGGUUUUGCUCUGUUUGCUUGAUACAUGCGUCGGUGCAUCAGUGCUGCUGGACCCAUUACUACUUUCUUCUCUCCCUCUUCCUUUUUCCCCUCUUGUCCUUCCAACAUUACUGUUUCUCGCUCGGUGGUGAUAUUGUCAACCCAACAUUUCCUUCGCCAUGGCGGGGGCUAUUAUUGAGAAUAUGAGCACCAAAAAGUUGGUGAUAGUGGGAGUUAUUCUGCUUUUGUUCCAGGCGUUUGCCUUCAUGGUCGGCGGUUUAAUUGCUCCCAGCCCCGCCACAGCAGUGCACUACUUGGCCACAAAAUGCGUGGAUACAGUGAAAAAACCGCAGCAAACAAAAUGGUUCAUGCCUUGGGGUCCAAACCAGUGUGAUAACAUCCAGUCCUUUGAUGAAGCCAUGGCCAAGGGGAUCGAGGCUAACAACAUUGUGUUUGCUGUCCACAUUCCUCUUCCCAACAAGGAGAUGAGCCCGUGGUUCCAGUUCAUGCUGUUCAUUCUGCAGUUUGACAUCGCUUUUAAGAUGUACAACCAGAUAGCGGAUGGAGCAUUGGUGCACAUUGACGUUGGCCUGGCCUACAGAGAUGAUAUGAACAGUGAAUGGACUGAGAUGGCUCAUUCCCUCGAGCAGAGGAAACUCAGCUGCAACUUCACCGCUACCAAAGUAACUCACGAGAAUGAGGGCCGUCACUACGAGUGCGACUUGCUACCUUUCAUGGAAGUGGGGAGCGUGGCCCAUAAGUACUACCUCCUCAACAUUCGCCUGCCUGUCAACGAGAGGAAGAAGAUCAAUGUGGGAAUUGCAGAGAUCAGAGACAUCCGACUUGUUGGAAUUCAUCAGAACGGUGGCUUCACCAAAGUUUGGUUUGCCAUGAAGACCGUCCUCACACCCAGCAUCCUCAUCAUCAUGAUCUGGUACUGGAGACGCAUCACCCUCAUGAGCAGACCUCCUGUCCUGCUAGAGAAGGUAAUCUUGGCUCUAGGAAUCUCCAUGACAUUCAUCAACAUCCCAGUGGAGUGGUUUUCUGUCAGCUUCAACUGGACAUGGAUGCUGCUUUUUGGAGACAUCAGGCAGGGCAUCUUCUACUCCAUGCUGCUCUCCUUCUGGAUCAUCUUCUGCGGGGAGCACCUUAUGGAAACAGAGUUCUUUGAAACAUUGGUUCUGGGCAGAGGAGAACUGAAGAUGUGUGAUCUCUGUGUACCAGCCAUCAAAAUCCUCCCUAAACUUGGCCGUCAUUCCACAAAAAAAUCGCAGGACCAGACGGAGAGGAACCGUUUCUCAAUUUACUGGAAGCAGGUCGGACCUAUCGUGUUUGGUUCCUUCUGCCUCUUUAUCUUUGACAUGUGUGAGAGAGGUGUCCAGCUGAAAAAUCCCUUCUACAGCAUCUGGGCUUCGGACAUAGGAACUGAGCUGGCUAUGGCUUUCAUAAUUGUGGCAGGGAUCUGUGCGUGUCUCUACUUUCUCUUCCUCUGUUUCAUGGUUUUUCAAGUCUUCCGCAACAUUAGUGGCAAGAGGAUGUCCCUCCCUGCCAUGUCUAAGGCCAGACAGCUUCACUAUGAGGGUCUGAUUUUUAGGUUUAAAUUCCUCAUGCUGGUCACUCUGGCCUGUGCGGCACUGACAGUGAUCUUCUUCAUCAUAAGUCAGGUGAAUGAAGGUCAUUGGCACCGGGGAGAACACAUGGUGCAGGUGAACAGCGCCUUUUUCACUGGGAUCUAUGGCAUGUGGAAUCUGUACGUGUUCGCCAUCAUGUUUCUCUAUGCACCGUCUCACAAACACUAUGGAGAUGAGCAGUCAAGUAUUCAGUGCAUCACUGGUGAUGCCGGAGUGAACAGCUGCGAAGACAUCCAGCCUACCACAACUAUCACACAUGUCGAUGGUCCCACUGAGAUCUACAAGAUGAUUGGCCAAGAAGCCCAGGAAUAGAUUUAACACUGUUACGCAGACUCCCAUCUACUCUCUGCUCCACCACUGAUGUAUAUGUAAUCAAACAGGCUUCCUCUUUAUGUCUGAAAUGGCUCUAAAAUGGGAUCUGCAAUCCACCUUCCAUGCAAUUACCAUCACCCUGAAAUUGCUCUCUGGCACCAAACCACGAGGUUGUUUAAAAGCCAGUAUGUUCCCAAAGUGUCUUUUUGUCUUUGUAAAGGCUGAAUAUCAGCACUCCUAUCAGUCCUGUUCAUUUCAUGGUGGAAUUUCUUCUCACAUUUCAUACUUUAUUGUAAACUAUGUGGUGUUUGUUAAUGUUGCGCAAUACCUUUCACACAAAGUCUGGUACUGAAAAAGCUGCUUUACAGGGAGACAAAAGCAGUUCUUUGUGGCGUGAGCCGCUGUCGCACUCCUGUGCCAUUUGUUUUAAAUACCUGAGCUGACAAAGACCGACUGCAAGAUGUUUUAGACACGUGGUUUGAUUUUCUGCUUUAUUAGGGGGCGUUUUCUCAUUCAAGGCGUUCAGAACCUGUCACAAACGUAUGUGUCAUAGAAAGUAGAUCAUAUGGAGUACUGCUGUCACAAUUAGUCAUUUAAGUCCUUUAAAAAAAAAAAAAAAUAUAGAAAAA